AUGCCGCCCCCCUCCUCCGCGUCGCUCUUCGAGUUAAGACUCCUCGCGGGCGUCGGCGGCUUCGCGUCGCACUGGCUUCAUUUAUGCAUCGGCCUCUUCAUCAAGGACUCGUCGCUCGGUUCGGCCACCAUCGUGCCCUUCUUCGUGCUCAUGAACCUGUGCCGGGGCGUCGCCGUCGUCUCCGCGGAGCGCCCCGCCCGCCUCGCGGCCCUCCACGCGCUCGCGGCCGGCGCGUGCUUCGUGAGCGCCGUGUUCCUCGACCGCGGGUCGCGCGCGGCGCUCGUCUUCCCCGCGGCCGCCGUCGGCCUCCUCGACCCGCUCACGUGCUGCGGCGUGCGCAUCCGCGGGCACGCGCGGAGCGGCGACGACGCCUGGCGCGACGCGGCGGACCAGAGCGUCUGGACGGCCUUCAACGCGGGCCUCGUCGCGAGUUUCUCCGGCGGCGUGCUCUACGAGGCGCUGGGCAUGCGGUUCCUCUGCGCGGCCCUCGGCGGCGUCGCCGCGGGCCUCGCCGCGGUCCACGCGCGCGAGGCCCGGCGGCCGGGGCGCGUGCGCCGGUCGCUGAGCGUGCACCUGUUCCACGGCGGCUCGAGUCGCGUGAACGUGAACGUCUCGGCGAUGAUGUGCCCGGGCGUGACGUCGGGCGCGAUGCUCGGCGUCAAGAGCGUCGUGCUCAUCUCCAUGUGCGCGACGUUCGUCACGACCCUCAAUUGGCAGCUCGCGGCGAACUACUACGACAAAGAGCUCCGGCAGCCGCCGAGCACGCUCUUCGCGGUCCUGGUCGUGACGACGCUGCUCAUCGUCAACGGCGAGCGCGCGCAGCUGGCGACGCUCACUCCCUUCCUCGGCCACGGCGCGUCGCACGGCCCCGAGUCCCUGCUCUGGGCCUUCGGCCUGGCCGUCGCGGCGCUCUGCGGCUUCGCGGCGUCCGCGGGCCGCCCGGCGGCGCGCGUCGUCCAGAUGGUCCUGCACGGGAUCGUCGAGUUCUACGUCGACUUCGCGCUGCGGUGCGCCCACCGCAUGCUCGACGCGACCUGCGAGGCGGCGCGCCUGCGCUACGAGGACUACGCGGUCGUGCGCCAGAUCGGCCACGUCGUCGCGCGUCUGUACGCGUCGGUCGUCGGGCCGACCCUGUACUUCCGCGUCGGGCCCGAGGCGCCGUUCCUCUUCAACGUCGUCGUCGUCGCCGCCGCCAUGGCCUACGCGGGCGCCGUCUUCAUCGACAACCUCGGGAACACGAUCCGCGACGUGUCGUUCCAGCUCAACCCGGCGCUCGAAAGGGAGCCGCGGCCGUCGCUCGUCAAGGCGACCUCGAUCAUCUCCGUGCUCGGCUCCCAAACCAUGCUCGCCUCGGGGGACCCGGGCGGCCCGCCGCCGCUCGCCAUCUACGCGGGCCUCUUCCGGAGGCGGGCCGGCCGCCUGCGCCCGUCGACGACGCCGACGCGGUCCUUCGAGGUCCGCGGCCAGCGCGUCGAGCUCGACGACAUCGACGAGCUCCGCGCGGCCUUCGACGCCGCGGACGCGGAUCGCUCCGGCGCGCUCGACCGCGGCGAGGCGCUGGCCAUGCUCACCGCGCGGGGCGUCGCGCCCGGCGACGCCGCCGCGAUCUUCGAGAACGCGGACCUCGACGGCGACGACCUCGUCGACUUUGGCGAGUUUUUGAAGCUCGUCGCCGCGUCGCGGGCCGCGCCGACCGACGCCGUCGUCGUCGAGCUCGACGACGCGACGUCGUUCUCGCUUUCGGGAGCUGACGUCGACGCGCUCCGGGAAAAGUUCGACGCCGCCGACGCCGACGGGUCCGGCGCGCUGGACGUCGGGGAGAUCGCGGCCCUCGCGGGCCUCGCGCCGGACGCCGCCGCGGCGGUGCUGGGCCUCGCGGACGGCGACGGCUCGGGACACGUCGAGUUCCCGGAGUUCCUGCGGCUCGUCGGCAUCUGCCGCGCGGAGUCGGAGAAGGGCCUGCUCGCCCGGGCUUCGUCGUCCGUCGCCGCCGGGGACGCGCUCGGCGUCAUGCGCGCCUCGAGCCCGAGCGCGCCGCCGAGCGCCACGCCCGGCCCGAGCGCGACGUUCGCUCCGACGUCGCACCCGACGGCGACGCACGCGCCGACGGCGCAGCGCAUCAUCUACAAGCCGAAGGACUGCGACGACGAGGAGGACCGCAUCGAGCGGCGCUUCCACCGCAUCGCCAUCACGCUCGGCACGCUGAUCGCCGCCAUGGGCGUGGCCAUGAUCAUCAUGGCGCUCAUGUCCAGCUUCCGCGCCAAGUGCGAGAUCGACGUCUGCCGCUACUCCGGCGACUCCUACGACAUGGGCGACUGCUUCGCCUGCGGCGACUGCUGCGCCGUCGCCGAGGACCCGCCGCCGAAGAACGUCGAGAUGCCGCACCGCGUCGACGACUACGACUAG